UUCUGUAGGCAUUUCAGACUGUGUCCAGAAACAUGUGAACAAUUAAUAGAUGGUUUUCAGCAAUCAGAUUUCUUCCCAAAAAAUGAAAUGCAUGGUGGUAAAUCAGCAGUAUCUGCUGAAAAACAUAUAUUAUCAUUUUUGUGGUUUGCAGGAAACAAAUCAUCGAUGCGAGACGUAGCAGAUCGAUUCGAUAUAGCUAUUUCAACCUGCGAAACAAUUUUAUCAAGAGUUAUGAAUUACCUUCUAAGCAUAGCUACAGAUAUUAUUAAAUUUCCUAAUAAUGACAAAGAAAAAGACGAGCUGGCUUAUCAUUUUUCAAAGAUGUCAGGUUUCCCAAAUGUAAUAGGAUGUAUUGACGGAUCGUACAUAAACAUUCGUACUCCUAAACAUAAAAUAAGAUCUACUUAUGCUAAUCGAUACGAUAAAACGAGUCUUACAUUACAAGGAAUUUGUGAUGAUAAGAAGAGAUUUAUUGAUGUCUUCACUGGAGUGACUGGCAAAUUUCACGAUAGCAGGACAUUUACAUUAUCCUUCAUAAGCAAAAAUAUUAGUGAUAUAUGUCAAAAUGGAAAGUAUCAUUUGUUAGGCGAUAGUGCUUACCCAUUAAGGGAAUAUCUUUUAACACCUCACAAAGAUUAUGGAAAUCUUACUCAAUCGCAAAGAAUAUACAAUAAAAAACUUUGUGGAACUAGAGUGUGCAUCGAAAAUACAUUUGGCUUGUUAAAAUCACGAUUUCGUCAGUUAAUGGAAUUACAAUUUCACGAUGUCAAAAAAAUGUCAAAAUUUAUAAUUUCGUGUUGCGUAUUGCACAAUUUAUGUAUUGAUUUGAAGGAUUCAUUCGAUCUAGAGUUAAUAAACGAACUCAAUGAUGAAAUGUUUAAUAUCGAUGAUUUUCAAGUUAUGGGAGAAAUGGAAUUAAAAAGAAGAGGAGAGCAGAAGAGAAAUGAAAUAUGUGAUACCAUUUCACAAUA